AUGGAGUCUCCUUUGCCUCCCCUCUCUUCCGUGGUGGGUCCAUAUAUUCUUCAGGAUCUCGUUGAUGACCUCCCAUUGGGUACCCCGGAAAAUCCCAACGUCGAGAUUACUUGUUUGGAGUUUUGGGAAGGGAAUCUCUAUGUCGGAACAUCAACUCAUGAGCUAUUACAUUUUGUCUCUAUACCGGCCACUCCAACCCCCAGCGCUUCUGUAGAACCUCCGAAACCAAUAUACAUGCUCGCUUCUCGACCCCAGCCACCUCCAACUCCAGCUGCAACUGUUACCUCACCUUAUAUAAAGAAGAUUCUUGUUCUCCCCACUACUUCCACAGCUCUUGUAUUAUCUUCCGCGGGCUUUCUCUCUUUCUACACCUUACCUGAAUUUUCACCAGUUUCCGGUGCCCCAAAACUAAGGGAUGUUGCCUUUAUUGGAGGGCAGGAUUUGAAUGAAGUUGAGGAGGAGAGAGUAGCUGCUUCUGAGGGGAGACAGACAAAUAUGGGCAGGGGGAAGUUGAUCGUGGUUCUCGCUAAGGGCAAGUUGCGGAUGAUUCGGAUAGGGGAGGCUGCAAGACUGGUCAAGGAUAUCGAGCUCAAAGCUCGCGCUAUUGAGGCUGUCAGAAGAGAUAUGAUUGCCUGCAUUUCUACGGCCGAGAAUUAUGCCUUGGUGGACGUCGAUAAUAUCCGUCAAAUUCCACUAUUUCCUAUAUCCUCCAUUCCCACAAGUGGCCCUUCCAGCCCAACCGAAUCAGGGUCGAAUACCUCACAAUUCCUUUCGCAGAGUUUGGGGUCCCAUGCCAGGACAACAUCGGGGUCAUACCCCCCUCGGACAUCAUCUCUCACCCCAAGGGAGCGAAGAAAUAGCUCUGCUACUGCUUCCAAGGAAUCUAGUGCAACAGUUCAUAAUAGAUCUAGUAGUACCAGUAGCGUCCGUGGGCAGAUAAGCAGACAAAGUUCACACGGAAAAAUUCCAACUGCUCGGGGUGGUAAGUCAACACCAAAACCGACUCACCUAUCACCUCCAUCUCCAACUCCCUCUCGGCCUCUUUCGCCAUCUGCAGGUUUGCAGCCGCCAUCUCCAACCGCCCGUUCUGAGACUGGCCUUGAGGUCCUUUCAAUUAGCAGCAAGGCUCCUUCCGCCGUCUCCUCAGCUAUUCCAAGCCCAGGUCCAAUUUCCCCUACAAAAACGACACCAACAGAAUCCAAAUUCCCAGCUAAGACUAAAACUAUGAUUCCGAAAGGGCCUUUGAUACCACAUGUAGCCUCUCCUAGUCCCUCUGAGUUUCUUUUAACAACCGGCACUACAUGGGAAGAUCCCGGAGUGGGGCUGUUCGUGAAUAUGGAAGGGGAUGUCACGAGGGGUACCAUAAGUUUUGAGAAAUAUCCCGAUGAUGUGUUGGUGCAGGGCCCUUGGGUGAUUGCUGUCAUAGCUAAUCGGGCAAUCGAAGUGCAAAGGUGGAACAUGGGUGGUGGUGAAAAUGACGGAGGUGAAGAAAAGGGCUUGUUGGAGAUGGGUGAUAAUGGAUUCAAACUCGGCCUGAGUGAAGUAAUUGGAUUACCGGGGAGGGUAAUAGGCGCAGCUAUGACAAUGUUAAGGCUUGAAACGCUUCAUUUACGACCCGGUCCCCAUCCAGGGAAUAACGGGUCCCCUGAGUUAAGUCGGCGGAACAACGAAGAAAGGAUAAUUGCAGAGAGAAUUUCGACUGUUGAGAGCAGUGUUGUUGCUUUCAAAGGUAAAAGAAUAUGCGCUUUGGUGGAAAGCCCUCUGGUGCUGCGGCUGGAUUCAUUGUUACCAACUUUCAAGGGUGGGACACCCAAAACCAGAGUUCGAGACAUUCUGAAGACUUUCCGCAAAAUGGAUGCCAUCGAACCAACCACUGAACGAGAUCCCCACGAGGUUUCCUAUAUCCGUCAGAAAUGCGGCAUACUUCUACUAGGUGAACUACUCAGAUUAGAGACACUCAAAAGAACCGAUAUCCAGCCGGACGAAAUCACAUUAUCCGAGGAAGCGCUUAUAGAGAGUGCUGUAGACCCCCGAGUUGUGCUAGCCAUAUUUGGAGGUGGCUUCGUUGGGGACAUUGUAUUAGGCAAAGGGGGGGUAUGGGUUUAUGGGGGUAUCAAGCUUGUCUUCGAUGAAAUAUGCGCUCAGCGUGCAGAGCGGCAAGAGGGUUAUCAACGAGAUAUACUACUACUCCUGAAAAGAUACCUAGCUAUCUGGAGGCGGAAGAAAGGAUUCGGUAGUAUUGCCGACGAAAAGGAGGUAUUUGCCACGGUUGACGUUGCCUUGAUCCGUGUUUUGUUGAUGCUCGAUUCUCCCGAGUAUUUACCGCAGAAGGGAUUCACUAUGGUAUCUGAGGGAAACGCACGAGGCGAGUUGUAUGCAUUGGUUGAUCAAGACGUGGAUGAAUUCGAGGCUAUAUCAAACCUUCUUAGGAGCUUUGGCCGGCUUUAUGUCUUGAGCAUCCUACUUCAGAACAGGAAGAUGUACCGAGAGGUAUUGGUCACGUGGAAGAGAAUUCUAGAAGAAGGAGACACAACAGGAGAGUUUGAGGAUGGGGAGGAAAAAGUGAGGAAUUACCUUUUAAAGUUGAAAGAUAAGUCACUUGUCGAGGAGUUUGGUAAAUGGCUUGCAACAAGGAAUCCCAAAUUAGGAACUCAGGUCUUCUCGGACGAUAAAGCAAAAGCAAAAUUCGAGCCAGAAAAGGUUUUAGAGAUCUUAAAAGAGCAUGCGCCGGCAGCAGUACGGAUUUAUGUUAGCCAGUUAGUCGAAAAAGGAAACACAAAGUACGCGAACGACUUAAUACUUCUAUACCUUGACGAUUUAGUAAAGGUCCUCGGGGAGCUCCCCUCUGCAUCUGAACGACUCAGGGACUCUUACGAGUCCUACCGAGCACUUACUUCACCAAAGCCAACGUACGGAGAAUUCAUUGCGGACAAUUCACCACCACUAGUAGGAACAGACGGAGCAGGAGGCACAUCAGAGACAAACUGGUGGCGCGAUCGCCUGCGCUUUUUAGAACUUCUCGGCGGUGAAAGCCCUUACGACGUCCCGAAGAUUUUCGGCAGCCUAGUUAAAUUUCGCGAAGUUUUGAUUCCAGAGAUGGUCAUACUCUACGGGAAAGAAGGACGCCACGAGGAUGCUAUCCGACUCCUAACUCACGGGCUCAAAGACUUCGAUACCGCAAUAAACUAUUGUCUCUUCGGGGGGCUAUCUAUAUUCCAGACACGGAAAAUCAUCACAAACCGCGACGAACAGGAAACGCUCUUUGCAGUACUUCUUGGCGAAUUUCUCAAGUUAGAAGAUUACCAAGAGUGCAUGGAGCAGACAAGAAAUCUACUAGAGCGGUUUGGUGGCUGGGUUGACGUAACCCACGUUCUUCAAGUUGUACCCGACAAUUGGAGUGUGGAAAUGUUAAGUGGAUUUCUGAUGAGUGCUUUAAGAGGACUGGUUAAAGAAAAAGCAGAGGUCAGCGUCAUGAAGAGUUUGCGGAGAAGUGAGGUUUUCAAGGUGGAGGCAGACUAUGUUGCGCGAUGUGACAAUAUUGGACCUACUAUUGAACGGUGAUUCCUGUGCUUUCUUUUCUCUCCCUAUCGCCUUCUCACCCCCGUUUCUCCCCCUCUUUUCUUUUCCUUUCUCGCUAGCUAGUGCUUUGAGGUGGUAUUUUAGUCUGUUACAGUACUGGUACCGGUAUCUCCUACUUUCUGCUUUGUAGAAUUAGGUAGUCUUACAAGAGGGAAUAUUGGCGCAGAUAAUUGGGAUAGCAAAGAUGGUUCCGAUAAUGGCAUAAUAGUAAUUUUCUUGAA